CUGUUCCGUUCGGCAACGCAAGCGUUGCACUCAUUUCUCUCCCCCCUAUAGUAAUUUUUCCCUUGUGCCCGGUGAUGACCACGGGGCCGGCGGUGUGAGCUCCCAGUGACAGUUAGUGGAUAAAAAAGACUUUAGUGCAGUGCUGGUCUUGGUUGGUUGGUGUUCCGUUGAUGAAACACUGACAGAGCCAGAACCGCAACCAUGGAUGACGCCCAUACGAAAACUGUGGACGAAGUCCUAAACUACUUCAACUGCGAUAGUGAAAGGGGUCUUUCAGUCGACCAAGUUAAAAGAAACCAAGAAAAAUAUGGACUUAAUGGUUCUCGCGUUAUUUGAAGAGCAUGAAGAUUCCCUUACGGCCUUCGUCGAGCCCUUCGUCAUCCUGUUGAUCCUCAUCGCCAACGCCGUGGUCGGUGUGUGGCAAGAACGAAAUGCCGAGUCCGCCAUUGAGGCCCUCAAGGAGUAUGAGCCGGAGAUGGGCAAGGUUGUCCGUCAGGACAAGUCUGGUGUGCAGAAGGUGCGCGCCAAGGAGAUUGUCCCCGGUGACAUCGUUGAGAUCUCAGUCGGUGACAAGAUCCCUGCUGACAUUAGGAUUAUUAAGAUUUUCUCCACGACUCUGCGUAUUGACCAGUCUAUCCUGACUGGUGAAUCCGUCUCCGUCAUCAAGCACACUGACGCCAUUCCUGACCCCCGUGCCGUCAACCAGGACAAGAAGAACAUCCUGUUCUCCGGAACCAAUGUCGCCGCCGGUAAGGCUCGCGGCCUUGUCAUCGGCACUGGUCUCAACACUGCCAUUGGUAAGAUUCGUACUGAAAUGUCUGAGACUGAGGAGAUCAAGACUCCCCUGCAGCAGAAGCUGGAUGAGUUCGGUGAGCAGCUGUCCAAGGUGAUCUCCAUCAUCUGCGUUGCCGUCUGGGCCAUCAACAUUGGCCACUUCAACGACCCCGCCCACGGUGGCUCCUGGAUCAAGGGUGCCGUCUACUACUUCAAGAUCGCCGUGGCUCUCGCCGUCGCUGCCAUCCCUGAAGGUCUGCCCGCCGUCAUCACCACUUGCCUGGCCCUCGGCACCCGCCGUAUGGCCAAGAAGAACGCCAUCGUGCGCUCCCUGCCCUCUGUGGAGACUCUGGGUUGCACCUCCGUCAUCUGCUCCGACAAGACCGGUACCCUGACCACCAACCAGAUGUCUGUCAGCCGUAUGUUCAUCUUCGACAAGAUUGAGGGCAACGACAGCAACUUCCUUGAGUUCGAGAUCACCGGCUCCACCUACGAACCCAUUGGUGACGUCUUCCUGAAGGGCCAGAAGAUCAAGACCGCUGACUACGAGUGCCUUCACGAGAUGGGAACCAUCUGCAUCAUGUGCAACGACUCUGCCAUUGAUUUCAACGAGUUCAAGCAGGCCUUUGAGAAGGUUGGCGAGGCCACUGAGACUGCCCUCAUCGUCCUGGCUGAGAAGAUGAACCCCUUCGGAGUGUCCAAGACCGGCCUCGACCGCCGUGCCACCGCUAUUGCCGUCCGCCAGGACCUGGAGUCCAAGUGGAAGAAGGAGUUCACCCUGGAGUUCUCUCGCGAUCGUAAAUCCAUGUCUUCCUACUGCGUACCCCUCAAGCCUUCCCGCAUUGGUAACGGACCCAAGCUCUUCGUCAAGGGUGCCCCUGAGGGUGUCCUGGAGCGUUGCACGCAUGCUCGCGUUGGUACCCAGAAGGUGCCUCUCACCUCCUCCCUGAAGAACCGCAUCCUGGACCUGACCCGCCAGUACGGUACCGGCCGCGACACCCUGCGUUGCUUGGCCCUGGCCACCUCUGACAACCCCAUGAAGCCCGAGGAGAUGGACCUUGGUGACUCCAACAAGUUCCACCUGUACGAGAACAACCUUUGCUUCGUCGGUGUCGUCGGCAUGUUGGACCCUCCCCGUAAGGAGGUCUUCGACUCCAUCGUCCGCUGCCGUCACGCUGGUAUCCGCGUCAUUGUCAUCACUGGCGACAACAAGGCCACCGCCGAGGCUAUCUGCAGGCGUAUUGGUGUGUUCGCCGAGGAUGAGGACACCACCGGCAAGUCCUACUCUGGCCGUGAGUUCGACGACCUGCCCCUCGCUGAGCAGAAGGCUGUCUGCGCUCGUGCCCGUCUCUUCUCCCGUGUGGAGCCCGCCCACAAGUCCAAGAUUGUUGAGUUCCUGCAGGGCAUGAACGAGAUCUCUGCCAUGACUGGUGAUGGUGUCAAUGACGCCCCUGCCCUCAAGAAGGCCGAGAUCGGGAUUGCCAUGGGUUCCGGUACCGCUGUCGCCAAGUCUGCCGCUGAGAUGGUGUUGGCUGACGACAACUUCUCUUCCAUCGUCUCCGCCGUUGAGGAGGGCCGUGCCAUCUACAACAACAUGAAGCAGUUCAUCCGUUACCUCAUUUCCUCUAACAUUGGUGAGGUCGUCUCCAUUUUCUUGACUGCCGCCCUGGGUCUCCCCGAGGCUCUUAUCCCCGUCCAGCUUCUGUGGGUCAACCUGGUUACUGACGGUCUUCCCGCCACUGCCCUCGGCUUCAACCCUCCCGAUCUCGACAUCAUGGACAAGCCUCCCAGAAGAAGCGACGAGUCUCUGAUCUCAGGCUGGCUGUUCUUCCGCUACAUGGCUAUUGGUACCUACGUCGGCGCUGCCACUGUUGGUGCCGCCACCUGGUGGUUCAUGUACAGCCCCAACGGUCCUCAGAUGAACUACUACCAAGUUACCCACCACUUGGCCUGCAUUGGUGGUGGUGAGGAGUUCAAGGGCUUGGACUGCAAGGUCUUCAGCGACCCCCACCCCAUGACAAUGGCUCUGUCUGUGCUUGUCACCAUUGAGAUGUUGAACGCCAUGAACAGCUUGUCAGAGAACCAGUCCCUGAUUGCCAUGCCCCCAUGGAGCAACUUGUGGCUUGUUGCCUCCAUGGCGCUCUCCUUCACACUCCACUUCGUCAUUCUGCACGUUGAAGUCCUUGCGACUGUGUUCCAGGUUACGCCUCUUACUGCCGAGGAGUGGGUAACAGUCAUGAAGUUCUCUAUUCCUGUUGUACUACUGGACGAGAGCUUGAAGUUUGUCGCCCGAAAGCUGGCCGAUGUUACACCUGAAAAGAAGAACUUGUGAAGAGACCAGCUCUAAAACGUCUGUGAUGAAAUCUUUCGUUGGACACAAUACAAGUGAUUGUUUUUUUUUUUACUGUAAAUGAAAAAUAACCUCAUACGUAUCAGAUAAAGCACGUUUGUGGGAGAGAAAUGAGAAUCUUUCAAGAAACACAACUAUUUAAUUUUUAUAGUGAUUAUGGUGAUGGAAAACCAUGCACAUCAAGAUAAUAAAACAAUUUUUGUGUGCAAAUAUCUAUUAUUAUUUUCACCUUAUUGCAAAUAUUGCCAGAAAGACUAAUGCCUGGGCUACAUUUACCUUCAGCUCACAUUUUCAUCAACCAGGGUGCAGAUUUUUAAAAAUAUAUGUACAACUAUAUUUAAAAAAACUCUACCUCAUGUUCCUCUAUAUUUCAGAUGCUUUUGCAAUAGCAACAGUGCAUUUUCUCUGCUUAUUUUUCUGUUUCUAUUCUGUUGUAUUUGUAAGCGUAGAGCUUUACAUAACUCGGUAACAUAAUUACAAAUUUCUUCUAUUAAUUCUCUUUUCAUAAAACUCUGGAUAAAACACAACACACGCAUUCUUUAAUCUAAUAUGUUCUCGGUCUGCUUCAGCAAGUACGUGGUGGAGAAUUUACCAGGCUCUGUACCUGUCGCCGUUCCCUUCACUUGAAAUUCUCUCUCCCAAUCUUUCUUGCUGUAAUGCUUCACAUCUCCUUUCCAGUACUAAUAAAUUUCAACACUUUUUUUUACUUUAUCAUUUGUCACUGAGAGAACCAUAAUGAUAUUUAACUCUAUCUCUACUCUAGUGUUUUGUCAAAUGGUAGUUGUUCUCAUGUGCCAAUUACUCUACUUUGCUCAGUAGUCUGUUUUCAAAGUAAUUCCUGGCAAAGUUUGCAAUAGUGAGAUGGUGUAAGUACAUUUGUGUGUUUUUGUGCGUGCAUGGGUGUGUGUGUGUGUGCAAGAGAAUGGGAGAGAGAGUGAGUGAGUUUGGUCCAUACAUAUCCAUUGUUAUAUUUUUUGUUCUCUUCCUUCUUUUUGCACUCUGGGGCGUAGUGUGGACAAUGUUCUUGACCAUGGCUAGAAAAUGUUGGUUAUCAAGUAGUGGCAUAUUGCCAUUACAUUUUACUAGCCAUCUUCAAGUUUGAAAGAGGUUUUGAGAAAACAAGAUAAGUUUCUUGUCUUUUUACCUGCUUUUCUACGCCCUUUGACUAGUGUGCACUUUUAUCUGUUGACAAAUGUGUUAUAGAUAAGCGUGAUUUUAACAAAACCAAUAUAUGUUCUCUGAUGCCUACAAUAAUUCUGGGUCUUCCCUUCGACUAUUUGAAAAGACUGGCUUAGAUGUGUACUGUUGCAAGUUGCGUUGAAUGGAACCACACAAGUGGUAUGCUCCGAAGCAGUGUUUUCAAGAAAAAGACCAUCAGGUGAAAAAUGUAGGUUCAGCAUACCGUAAAACGUGUACAUAUAUACAUAGAGUUUAAAUGUAUUUUUAAGAUGGAUGCGGGCAUCAAUCAGUUGUUGCUGAUGUGAAGUAUUUUGGAAUGUACAGUGGUUUGCCUUAUUUUCAAUUUAUACAAUAAGAAAUUGUUUUCCACCUCCUCUAAAAGCCAUUGAGUAUUGGUUAUUUAUUGUUGAGAUUCAGAAGUGGUUGCAACAGAUUAUACAUUGAAAAUAGCGCAUUCUAUUCUAGCAUCUCAUGCUUCACUUGGCACCAAUCAGCGCUGGUCGGGAGAUCUACUUUGUGCGGUGCGCAAAUGUGGGCCUCCCUUCAAAGCUGCCUGUGGUCCCAUGGUUCACUAGCAAAAACAACGAAGAUGAGGCAGCACUAUCUUUUCCUAGGUACAAGGAUGUAAUGUGAGAAAGACAGUUAACUAACCCACUGUAAGGAUUUUCUUGUCAAGAGAUAUGUAAACAAUGUGGAAACUGUCAACAAGAUUUAUGUACUUAAGCACUUCAAUAAAGCCAAGCUGGUGACCAAAGUA